ACAUUGGCCAGUCAGUCAGGCGGAGGAAUACGUGGUGGUGUACAUGUACGUUCCCUACUAGUGUGCGGGAGCGAGAGAGACCAAGCAUUGCAAGCAAGCAAGCAAUACAUGUGUGAAGUGCCUGCGUAGGGGAAGGAAACAAUGCCAAACCGGUUCAUAGACGUUGAUAUUCACGACCCGUAGCUAGGCAGUCUCGUCGAUCCAGUAGUGCGGCCAAGUGUGUGUGUGUGUGUGUGAGAGAGCGAGCGAGAGAGAGAGGGGCAACCCUUCUCGCUAGCGUCUUUCACCCAGUUACAGCCAAGUACGGCCACGCUUCCUGCACGGCAAGGGUUGGGUAGCGAUUGCUCGCACGACGGUCUGUGUUGGACGUCGUUCUACUGUGUAGGGAGGAGAAGCAUCACGGGCAUCAGCUCGAAGCGUGGACCACAGGCAUGCGUGAUGACGACGAUGACGACAGUUUACAUUUUCUUCCACCUGGCGGCGCUGCUGUGCGCGCGGCCGUGCGUCGCGGACGUCGUCGUCGCGGAAACGCACGACGCGGCGCACACCUACAACCACGCGACGCUCGACAUCACCACCGGACACAUCUUCGCCGGAGCGAAGAACCGCCUCUAUGAGUUCGACGCCGACCUCUCCACGCUUCACGAGGUCACGACCGGACCGAAGCUUGACAACGUUGAGUGCGCGGGGCAGGGCGCGUGCGAUGAGGGCAAGAACAAGCAACUGCUGGACAACUUCAAUAAGGUUCUCGUGAUCGACUACGACCGCGAGCGAGUCAUCGUCUGCGGCAGCCUCUUCCAGGGAGUCUGUGAGGUGCGGCAGCAGCGCAAUCUCUCGGCGGUGCUCUACCCGCGGCCCGGCGACACGUGGAAGUACCUCGCUGCGAACAACGAGACGGCGUCCACCGUGGCGUUCCUCGCGCCCUGGCAUCCGAACCCGGAGAAGAACAAGGUUCUGGUCGUCGGAACGUCGUACACGUCGUUCCUCAUCGACAACAAGCUGGAGACGCCGGACUACCGUGGCCUUGUCCCCGCCGUCAGCUCGCGCUCCCUCAACGACAGCAACCUGUUCGACUUCGCCUACCAGAGCCAGUUCACGAAGACGAGCGUGUCGAUUCCGAACAAGAACCUGCAGUCGCUGUACCCGAUCCGCUACGUCUAUGGCUUCAGUUCGCAGGGCUUCAGUUACAUCCUCACGGUGCAGCGACGCGACGUCGACCUUCAGCCGACGAACCCGUACAUCUCCAAGGUCGUGCGCAUCUGCGACGAAGACCGCAAGUACUACUCGUUCACCGAGGUUCCAAUGUCGUGCGGCGACUACAACCUGCUGCAGGCGGCGCACGUCGGCCGCGCCGGGCGCCACCUGGCGGCGAGCUUCGACGCUCACUACGCGCUGAACGGUAGCGUGACGCCGCGGGACGACGUGCUGUUUGCGGUGUUCUCACGAUCGCGCGCAGCGGGCGGCGAGCGGGAGACCUCCGUGGCGACGGAGCAGUCGGCGUUGUGCGUCUACCCGCUGAAGUACGUGCGCCGCGUGUUCAUGGAGAACACACAGAGCUGCUUCAAUGGAGAGUUCCAGGCGAUCGGAUGGAUAUAUGGCUCGCCGGACGCGAUCCCCCACUGCACCUCGAGCGGGAUUCCGAUCAACGACAACUACUGCGGGCGUGAGGACAUUAACAUACACCUGGCGGGACAGAUCCCGAUAGAGGGCAGUCCGCUGCUGGAGUACAGCAACAGUCACCUGACGGCCGUCAUCGCUGGACAGGUGCACGACAUCACAGUCGCCUUCCUCGGCACCGCAGACGGCAGGCUGAAGAAGGUGACCGUGGAUUCAGCGACGGUCGCUAACGAGUUUGAGGAGCUCAUCGUCGACGUCGGCAGCCCCGUCAAUCCCGACCUGAACUUUGACCUUGACGAGGAGCACGUGUACGUGAUGACAAAGCACAAGCUGAGCAAGGUGAAGGUGAAGGACUGUGACAUGUAUCGGCACCUGCCAGGAGUGUCUGGGUGCAAGGAUCCGUACUGCGGAUGGUGUUCCCUGGAGAACAAGUGCAGUCCCUACAGUGGAGUGUUCUAAGGCAGCGAGACCCG